GCUGUGUCACCGCUAAAGGAGAUAAAUUACUUAACGGCUGGGUGACUCCUUAUUUGCUGACAGCAGAAGCAGCAGCAGCAAUUGCAGUCAUUCAUUAAGAAAGAAGACGAAUCAGCGAUGGUUCUGAAGGUGUUCUUCCCUCAAAGCUGCAACCUUGCAGCUAGCGGUCUGCUGGUGGGCCGCUGGAUCCCCGAACAUGACUCGGCCGUGGUGCUGGCCGUGAUCCACUACCCAUUCAUCCCCAGCCACGUCAAACGCUACAUACAGCAGAUGGCGUCCGAGAGCCGAGUGAAACUGUCCGUGUUGGGCUCGUGGAGUUUGCCCCAGGAUGGCGAGGAGGGCAUGGAGAGCUUCCUAAGGGACCUGGGCACCAUUUUCCCCCACCAGCGCUGGCUCCAGAUCAGCCGCCGCCUGGGCCACAAAGGCUUCACCUGCCGCCUCCUCGGAUGCACCCCGCCACCGAAGGAGGUGAAGAGGAGUGAGGAUGAGGAAGAGGAGAAUGAGGAAGAGAAGGAGAAGGUGAUCUUUGUCCACUACGAGCAGAGAAAAGUGAUGUUGUCACAGCUACAUCCCAUCCAGAACGGCAUCCCAGAAUCCAAAGAUGGUUCGCUGUCUGAGUUGAGACAGGUGUUCCACACGGUGUCUAGCAGCGGUCCCCUGUUUUUCAUGGACAAGUAUGACGAUGGUCCCCUGAAAUCCACCCACUGGCAGUCUGAAGGUCGAGAGGGAAGCAUCAUUGUGGAGCUCCUGAAACGGGCCUCCGUGCCGGUCUGCAUGCUUCUCAGACGGAUCCUGGCCGUGUGGACUUGGAUCUGCAGCAUGCGGGUCUUUGAGGUUUUCCCACUGCCCUUCCUGUGGUCCAAAUUGUCGUCCUGUGUACAGCUAAGCUACAGGACCCAGCUCCUCAAGACACUUAGCUCACAUAAACCAGCCGAGAAUCACACGCAAUUCAUCAGAAAGGCCAAUGUGUUUGUGUCCUUCCUGGUGGAUGUGGGUCUGGGUCUUUUGCUGGCCUCCUGGCUCUACAGAGACAACCAUAUUAGCAUGAUAGCCAACAUGCUAGUUCCUGCUGCUGAUCAUGUUGCUCAGGAGCUUCAGGAUCUGCUCCAAUGGCUCAUGGGCGCCCCGGCUGGGCUGAAGAUGAACCGGGCCCUGGACCAGGUUUUGGGCCGCUUCUUCCUCUAUCACAUCCACCUGUGGAUCAAUUACGUGCACCUGCUGUCACCAUUCAUGGAGUCCAUCCUGUGGUACGGCGGCCUGUCGGCUUGCCUGGGUUUGACCUUUGCCCUCUCGUUGCUGUCCGACAUGGUGGCGCUGCUCACCUUCCACAUCUACUGCUUCUACGUCUACGGAGCCAGACUCUAUUGCCUGAAGAUCUAUGGCCUCUCUUCGCUCUGGCGGCUCUUCAGAGGCAAGAAGUGGAACGUCCUGAGGCAAAGAGUUGACUCGUGUUCCUACGACAUGGACCAGCUCUUCAUUGGUACGCUGCUGUUUACCAUCCUACUUUUCCUGCUGCCGACCACUGCGCUUUACUACUUGGUCUUCACACUGUUGCGUCUGGUGAUCGUCCUAUUCCAGGGCGUCAUCCAUCUGAGUUUGGAUUUCAUCAACUCCUUCCCGCUCUUCGCCAUGGGCCUUCGUGUGUGUCGUCCGUACAGACUCGCCGAGGGUGUGAGAUUCAGGGUGCUGAGUGAGGAGCCCGGAUCUGCUCUUCACCUGCUCAUGGAGAUUAACCCGCUGAAGAGCAGCGCUGUGGUCGACACUUACCGCUUACCCACUUACAGCUGCUACCCCCAACACUCGUGGGGCGCCCUGGCCAAGAAGCUCUUUGUCGGGGAACUCAUCUACCCGUGGACACACACGAGCGCCAAGGGCCACGCCGCCAAAGCCGACUGACUGACUGAGCAACAUGAAAUAAAUAAGUCAUGAAAUGAAUAUAGGUGGACGCAGGAGAGAGAGCGAGAGAGAGUGGAAAUGGAAAACAGAAGUGCGAGCCGCACCAACAUGCUGCCCAGUCACUACAGUGACCAGUUAGGACUUGGAAAGGGACCAAUCGUGUGACCAGCAACACUCACUUCUAAUGAGAUAGGAAGCACAAACACUCCAAAACUGACGUCCUAACACAGAUUUUUUUUUAAUUUUUUUUUUUAUGUUAAACAUGUCUGCCUUAUGAGGUGAAGUUAAGGGUGCAACAGUUCUCAAACCCUUUUCAAAUGCUAUUUAUUCGUCUUGAAGUUACAUAUUUUGAAUGCUGCCAUUGUGAGGAAGAUAGUCCAUUGGAUUGAACCGCUAAUGUUUAUCCAAUACAAUUUGUUAAUGGAAAUAAUACUAGAACAAACAUCAAAAGACAUGAAUAUUACCAAGAACUAAAUUAUUGAUGCACUUAGGUAUAAAAAUAAUAAUUUGGUAUUCAUUUUAAAAGUUGUUUAACCACCAUAAGCUAAUAGUCACACACCGGGGCAAGCUCGAAUAGUUAAUUGAUGUGUGUAAAUUAUUUGACUUUUAUGUUUUUUAAUCUUACAAGUCAAAGUCUUAAUUUAGACCAAAUGAUGUGAACUGGACAAGCUGUGAUUUUCAUUUAAAAAAAUAGUUAUUUAAAAUUACGUAUGUCAUUAUUGUUGCGUGCCUCUAAUCACGUUAUUUUUAGUGCAGUCUUAUAGGAGAAUUUGUCUUACUUGUGAUUGAUUUGUAUUCAUUUGUAUUGAUUUUUUUCAUAAUGCUCUUAUGUUGAAUCUUUGCCAUUAAACAUAAGUCAUAAAAA